GCUGGGCAGGGGGCUAAGGCCGCGCUCGGGCUGGGCGGCGGCACCGGGAGCGAGCCCCAGCGACGGGGCAGGGCCCGGCCGGGAUCCCGGAGCCAGGCCGGGGCGUGGCCACGGCGCCCCCGCGUGUCACGGGAUACGUGGCAACCCCCCGCUUCCUGCCGAGCUGGGCCCGGGGCAGUCGCCGCCUCCCCCGGCUCCCGCUUCCGGCCGCCGGCAUGCGAGCGCCGCAGGCAGGGGCAACAUGACCACAGCCAAGCCAAAAAGACUCAAGUUUUCCGAAGAAGAGAAGUUCCUCAUCCUUGAAGAAUUCAGCCUGCGCAAGGACAUCCUGAUCCCCAAGAGCGGGCGCUACAGGAACACGAUGGACCGUCAGCGAGCGUGGGAAGAGAUCACUGCUGCCGUCAACUCCCUCAGCCCGCUCGUGCAGCGCACGCCUGACGAGAUCCGCAAGAAGUGGCAUAACAUGGUCAUUGACGCCCGCAAGGAGCUGACCACGGUGAAACACCCCUUGUUGAGGCAGCGGCCCCAGGAGAGGCUCUUCCACAACAUCUUUGCUCUCUUCAAUAAGACAGGGCCGGAGCUGGCAGAACCAUUGCUUCUGGGCCCUGGGUUCAGAACGAAGCCGUCCAGCGGCCCAGCUGGAACCGCAGUGCCUCUCUGCGCAGCGGAGGGGAUGCGGGAGUCUUCGUCAGACUUAUUCCUCCACAGCCAGAAUGAUGGGCUUCAGCUGAGCCAGGGGAACAAACUGCUCUGCAAAACGGAAGUCCUUUUGGACGCAGACAAAGAAAUGGCACCAGGGACUGGCUGUCCAGGAAAGAGCUUCAUCCGUGCGCCAGGGGACCCGCAGCCCAGCGAUUUGUGCUUGGGUGGAUCUCAAGAGAGUGUGGAAAAGAGACUGUUGGGCCCCAGUAAGGAUCCUCCGCUGACUUGUGCGCCUGUAGCUGAGACACGCCCUGUGCCAAUUCCCAGGACUACCUCGCCACCAAGCCAUGGACCUGAGGUGCCUGCUCCUGGCAGGACUCCGGUGCCUCUGAAUUGCUCCCCAGACUUUGCAUUGGCCUAUAAGAUCAAGUGCCCUUUGAGCCCUGUAUUCGAAUGGCCUUGCCUAGGGGUCAUCUCAAGCCCAGUCACACAAAGCAGCAGGACUGACAGCCCCAGCUCCGAAGGCAUCCACACAGCAAUGGAUGAUAAUGCAAGCGCAUCUGUGACCGAAGAUUCGCUGCCCAGCCAGAGGGGUUGUGUCGGGCCAGCCAAGGAGCUUUGGGAGAAGCACAGCCGGCUGCACACCGAGAUCCUGGAGCUGCAGAAAGAGACCUUGCAGCUGCAGAAGGAAAAGAUCGUGCUGGAGAAAGAGAAACUCUUACUGGAAAUUGUCAAACUGCGGCGAGAACUGGACACGUGACCAGCUGCCGGGGAAUGAUCUGCCCCUCCACAGUCUGUGGAGCUCAGAGCCCAGUUCAGACCCGAGU